AUGCAGACGGACGUCAGCCGGGUCCCCUGCCGGCCUCAGGAUGCCAGCCUGCCCUGCAGCACUGCUCUGCCCGCCCCAUCCUCCCAGCAGAAGGUGGUGCCGGGGCCUCCUUCACCCCGAAAAUGCCUCACUCCUGGAGCCCCUGGCUCUCUGCCCCAACGCUGGAGACCUUGGGAAACGCCCGAGUGCUUCCCCAAAGGAAAGUGCCCGCCUCCAGCUCCUGAGGUCAGCUCUGUGAGCCCUGCCCUCCCGGGGACGCCACUGAGCCCGCAUGCUCUCCAGAGUCUGCUGUCUAGUCAGGAGACUCACCUCUGCAUGCCUCGGCCUCUCCCACCAGGAAGGCUCUGGAGUCCGACGCUCCGUGUCGCGGCCUCUGUCUCCCUGCCGGACGCGGGGCUGCAGAGAAGUGCAGGGGACCUUCAGGCCCUCCCCAGCCCCGGAGGGACUCGCCCUCUCGGGCUGAAGCCGGGCCUGGUCUGA